CCCACUUUACAUUAAUCUCUUCAAUCCCAAUCAUAUCAUAAGGUACAUGAGUUGUGUUGUGUUACAGAGAAUUAGAGAGAGAGAUGGAAGGAAGUGUCAACAAACAGAGCUCAAAAGGGAAGAAAGAAGACCUAUAUCAUGUUAUUCAUAAGGUUCCUUAUGGAGAUAGUCCUUAUGUCAAAGCCAAGCACGCUCAGUUGGUCGAGAAAGACCCAGAAGCAGCUAUAGUGUUGUUUUGGAAGGCAAUUAAUGCUGGAGACAAAGUAGAUAGUGCCUUGAAAGACAUGGCUGUUGUGAUGAAGCAAUUAGAUAGAACUGAAGAAGCUAUUGAAGCCAUCAAAUCUUUUAGAGGCCUCUGCUCCAAACACUCCCAAGAGUCUCUUGAUAAUGUGCUUCUUGAUCUUUAUAAGAAAUGUGGAAGAGUGGAAGAGCAAAUUGAAUUAUUAAAACGAAAGCUAAGAUUAAUCUACCAAGGUGAGGCCUUUAAUGGAAGGACCACAAAAACUGCUCGAUCUCAUGGCAAGAAGUUCCAAGUUUCCAUCAAGCAAGAAACUGCACGAUUAUUGGGAAACUUGGGCUGGGCCUACAUGCAAAAAUCAAACUACAUGAUGGCUGAGGUGGUGCUGAAAAAGGCUCAAAUGAUAGACACAGACGCCAAUAAGGCUUGCAACCUGGGCUUAUGCCUUAUGAGACAACAUCGUUAUGAGGAAGCUUAUUUCAUUCUUGAACAAGUAUUGCAAUGCAAGGUUCCAGGUUCAGAUGAAAUGAAGUCCAGAAAUAGAGCUGAAGAAUUGGUGGCAGAAUUGAAUGCUAACCUUCCCCAACCUGAGUUCUUGGAUGCUUUGGGCCUUGAUGAUGACUUGGUCAAAGGGAUUGAUGAUUUGUUAAAUGCAUGGGGCACCAAUAGAGCAAGAAGGCUUCCCAUCUUUGAGGAAAUCUCUUCUUUUAGAGAUCAACUAGCUUGUUAAUAGCUUAUGCUUUUCUUAUAAUUUGUAUUAAUCUUAGGUCUAGGCUUGUGCAAAAAAUUUAUUUUCUUCUCUAAUUAAUUGCUUAUUCUUCCUCUGCCCUUUUUCUCCUUAAAAUGGUGAGGAAUAAUAUAGAUUCAGGUUUUCUUGUAUCUGGUCUGAUAAUCUAAUAAUGGAAUGGCACUCAAGAAAUGUCUUCAUUUACCA